UCCGGUGUGUAUUUCCGGUUUUAGCUGCCGAUUGAACGGCGUGUGUUUAGAUGUAUAUUUAAACAUUCUACGUGGUUUAAUAGAAGGAAUGAGUUAUUUUUAGACUCGGUUUGCUCUGAACACCAUAAGACAGAAGAUGAACUCCGUGUUCCGUAAGAUUUUAGUCACACAAAAGCCUUUUGUGCUGACUCAUGCCCUAACAUUAUGCAGAGCCACACCGUCCAUCCAGCACCCUGCGUGGUGCACAGCCUCUGUAAACGAGAGGCAGUUCAGAAGCAUGCCGACACAUGGGAUCGGGAGGUGGAGGCAUCUCGUACGAAAAGUUGCUCCCAAGAAAAAGAAGGACAGAAUUAAGAUGAUACCCAUCGUUCCCGCCACGGACACGGCGUACGGGACCCUGAACCUGACGGUGUCGGGUUACGACAUGACGGUGGUGGAGCAUUACGCCCAGUACAUCCACAACCUCUGCAUCCGGCUCGACAUCAGGGUGACAGAAAGCUACGGYUUGCCCACAAAGACCACCGAGGUGGUCCUGAUGCAAGAAAAAAGCACCAAAACCUUCAUCGACUCCAUCCUGAAGACUCACCAACGAGUGAUUCAGUUGAGGAGUCUGAACACCACACUGUGUGCUGUUUUCAUGGAGGUUCUGUUAAAGAACCAACCAGAAGGAGUUCAGCUCUCGGUGAAGGAGCACACUGAGGACGAUUUCGAGGCUCGCUUCAAAGUACGAUCAGAACUGGAGGAACUCCUCGAAAAGAUGAAAAAAUAAUUCUUUGAAACUGCAAAAUGUUUUCUAAYGGUGAGGAGAAAUGAACCAAACAGACGUCUGGUCUUCUUUGUUGUUCUGCAGUAAAAUGCAAAACAGAAUCUGAUAAACAAACGACACUGUUGUUUCUGUGACUGUUUAAAAAUAAAACUACAGAAUAAGAACCCAUCUUAUGUUCAUUUAGAUGUUGCAAACAUGAUGUUGCAGAGUGUAUUUAAUGGUAUUAACGCAUUUAAUCUGAAAUCAAACAUUUUGUGUUGUAAACAGUUUUUUAUAAUAAAUGUGACAGAAGCUUCUGAAUUCUCAGUAAA